AUGAGCUCCGGUCGCAAGAUCCCAGAUCCCGAACCAUUGUCGCGAAGCGAAGAACGUCACUUCAGCAAGUACGGGAAACUGCCGCGAGGAGGCCUACUUGGUCAACAUUCGAAGGUACCAAUUCACCCUGAUCCAUCCCUUCAACCAUGCCAUCGAUCCUAUACUAACCUGACCCUUCUCCAAAAGGAACGAACAUACUUCGACUCCGGCGAUUUCGCCCUCUCGGCCGCUGACCACGAAACAGACGGCGGCGCCAUCAGUACCGGCCGAGCACAUCCUCAACGAGACAGCAUCUCACACCCCUAUGCCCCCAUCCCGGCGGCUAGUAAUGUGAACAAGGAUGCAAAUGAGGAUCCGUAUAGGAAGAGUGCUAGUCCUGAGCGAAGCCCGCUUCUUCAGCAGACGGAUGUGAAUAUGAAAAAUAAUGCCGGCGAGAGGGAUGGGUUUUUUACGCAUGGGGGUGACGGGGAAGGGUGGAAAUAA